AUGUUUUAUGUUGCCAGGGCCUACAGGAGAAGCCACCAGAGACAACAAGUUGCACAUUCCCAUAAAUACUACUUUGAUGCCUUCGUAUCAUACGCGGAGGAAAAUGGCAAAUUCGUCAGGGACAUUGUCGAAUAUCUUGAAAAGGAACACAAACUCCGACUUUGUAUUCAUCAAAGAGAUUUCAUCCCGGGAACUGAUAUAGCAGACAACAUAACGAACGCCAUUCAUAACAGUCAGAGAACUGUUUGCAUGCUGACGUCAGAUUACUUGGGAUCAUACUGGUGUAAUUACGAAAUGAACAUGGCCAGAAUGGAAGCCAUUUGCGCUAGAAAUCGUUCGAAUGUCCUUUUCUUUAUUAUAUGUCAGAAAGGUAUUACCAAAAAUAUACCUCUGAAGUGGAUGGACUUGAUUCAUGGUAAAUCAUAUCUAGAGUUUUUUGGGGAAAAUGAAAACGAAGUUCUAGCGUUUCGAACAAAAUUAGCAGAAACAUUACAAAACCAUUAUGUGAUGAACAAUUUUAGACUGUGA